AUGUAUUGCUCUGGUGGCAACCAUUACCUUCGGAAACCCAACCAGCAUGGAAAAGGAGCAGCUCUUUUUAAAGGCGAUGAUCGCUUUACGCCCGUAAAAUACAAAACGCAACAUAAAAUAUACCUCGAGACAUUCAAAUCAGCCGGGAUCCACAUGUUAAAUGGUACUCACACCAACCGCAAAAGUCCUCUUAGCAUGAUUGCCCAAGAGAACCUUCUUUUUGACACGUGCAGUGGUUCAACUCCUGGUUUCUUUACAACCAAUGUCUUUUCCGAUGAUCGAAUUUUGGAGACAGAAAUUUGCAAAUGGGGAUGUCCAAGAGGACAUAACUGGCCCGGUUUUUAUUUUGGAUUCACUCUUAUGUCUUCGAGCGAUAUUUCUAUAGGUUAUUAUCUUUGGACAUGUACUAUCUUCAGCUCAGAGGAAUACAACAUCUUGAAGGAUAUGUUUAUGUCAGAGAUGGUAGAUAUUGUCAGAGCUGGUUUCGGAAUGGUUAGUGUCUCUAUAAAUUUGAUGCAGUUCAUGAUAUGGACCCACCUAUCUUCACAUGUCGUCUCUAUCAAUAGACCAAACAACAAUUUUACCGAUUUCUUUGCUCUUUGA